AAACAAUUAGUCAAUUUACUCGAAUUUAAAAGCUUCAUUAACUCCAUAAGCUAGUUUAAGUCACCUACUGCUAAAUUAAGUGUUGGACGACUGACAAUACCAAAAUUAUAUACGAAACAGACUAAGAAUUCAAGACUUUUAAUAUUUCUACGUACAAGCAUCGGCACACUAUGUCAGUCUACUUUCUAUUAAGAACAUUUAAGAAACAUGUCUUCUGAAGGUUUCUCCCAUCGUAAAACAAAGAACGGGAAAUAUCAGUGUAAAAGUUGCAAGAAAAAAUUCAUUUCUAAAGAUGGACUUAAAUAUCACGAAAGGAUUCAUACUGGAGAAGGCCUGUGGUCUUGUCAUUUAUGUAAUCGUGACUUCAGUUGUUCCAGCAGUUUAAAUAAUCACAUCAAAAUUCAUACCGGAGAGAAAUCCUUUACCUGCGAUCACUGCAGACAAAGUUUUGCACUGAAAGGAAGUCUGAUUCGACAUCUCCGAACUCACACAGGGGAGAAACCGUUUACUUGUGAACAUUGCAAACGAAGUUUUAAACAGAAAGGAAAUCUGUUAACUCAUCUUAGAACACACACAGGGGAGAAGCCUUUCGCAUGUGAGUAUUGCGAGCGAAGUUUUACACAAAAAAUCUCUCUUAUACAACAUAUUCGAAGUCACACAGGAGAGAAACCUUUCACUUGUGAGUAUUGUGAACGAAGUUUUAGACUAAAAGCUAAUCUGAUAGAACAUAUUCGUGUUCACACCGGAGAAAGGCCAUACUCAUGUGAUUAUUGCUUACAAAAAUUCUCCGUUAAAUGUAAUUUACUUCAUCACAUAAAUAGACGGCAUAACAAUAAGAAUCUUAAAGAAUGAUAUUUUUUAUCAUGCGAAAAGUGGAUAACAAAAAGUGGUGGACAUUUCAAAAAAUAUUUAAUACUCGUAUUUAGAUUUUAUGAUGUGAAUAGAAAAUGUUUUGUAGAACUAUUUUUUAAUAAAUAAACGUUUAAUUUGAAUACUGAAAUCCAUUUCUAUUAAUCACGAAUUCAGUAUAAUUAGAAUAAGCAAAUGGAGUCUUGUUUAUCACAGUGAUAAGUGUAUUCUAUUGUUUGUAGUUUACUUAUCGUAAACUUUACUGUUUAUGUUAAGUAAACUGCAAACAAUUAUAUUUAUAGAGAGCAACCAAUUUCAAUAAUGGGCAACUUCAACACUCAGAAUGCAACAAUUCUCCACAUCAACAAUAACAUAUUUAUACCUAACUUAAAAAUGGCAACUUAAAAAAUGCUUGACUUCAGAACUGUGCCGAAAGUUAACAAUGGCGACUUCAAUAAUUCUCGACAUAAACAAUACCAUACUUCAGUGAUACCUAAUUCAUAAUGCCCUACUUCGACAAUUGCUGACUUCACCAUAUUGAAAUUUCAAUAUAUAAUUUAAACAAUGGCCUUCAAAAAUGUCAGACUUCAACAAUGCAUGACUUAAACUGCGUCGUACUUCAACAAUGCUUAAAUUCUAUAAUGGAGAUAUCAAAAACAAUGAACUUCAAAAUUUCAGAUACACAAGUUCAAUAACAUGUUUGACUAUACCUUCCUUUAAUCGAAGUGGAAGAUCGAAUCUCAAAUGAUGUCAAAGUAUCGGUCUGUAAAUUUAGAAGGAAAAAAAUCCAACCGGGAUGGAAAGUCAAGACCAGUUGAUUAAGUCGUAGCUGGGCAAAAGUGUCAUAUUCGGGUAAAAGGUCACUUCCGGGUGGCUGUGUCACAUUCUGUGGAAAGUCAAAAUCCGUGCAAGGACUCAGCAGAAAAAAGGUUAUAUUUUCCAGCAACAAAACGACCUUUUUCACCAAGGCCUUUUAUGCUCGACGGAUGUUUUCAUGAUUUCUUUGGACUCUUUUCUGUGGAGUCCAGUCUCAUGUGAUCGUCUAUUUCAGAACUAUUGGAUAUCACUGCCCCAAAUAAUGGACACAGGACGAGGCACUGUUGUUCAGAGUUAUAACAACCACCCGUUUGACAUGGGGCAUAGACGACUCCUCUGCAUCUUUUGGAAACACCUGUAUUACACGAGGCUAAGACGAGGCGCCAUCCUCAGGCUCAGCAUGGCCCAAGGUGUGCCACUCCUUCAAUUCUUUGAAAUUGUCCAUUCUGCAAAGGAAAUUGAG